CGGGCGGGAGCGGCGGAGCGCCGCCGGCGGUGCGCGGAGAUGCUGUCCUACAGCGUGCUGGACGCCAACGUGGUGGACGUGGAGAAGCGGAGAAACCCCUCGAAGCACUACGUCUAUAUCAUCAAUGUAACAUGGUCUGACCUGACUUCCCAGAUCAUCUACCGGAGAUACAGCAAGUUCUUUGACCUGCAGAUGCAGCUUCUGGACAAGUUCCCUAUUGAAGGAGGACAGAAAGACCCCAAGCAAAGAAUCAUUCCUUUUCUACCAGGCAAGAUUCUGUUCCGGAGGAGCCACGUCCGAGACGUAGCUGUGAAGAGGCUAAAGCCCAUCGACGAGUACUGCAGGGCACUGGUUCGGCUUCCUCCGCAUAUUUCCCAGUGCGAUGAAGUCUUCAGGUUUUUCGAGGCUCGCCCGGAAGACCUUAACCCUCCAAAAGAGGACUAUGGAUCUUCAAAGAGAAAAUCAGUUUGGAUGUCCAGUUUGUCUGAGACUCCAAAAAAGAGCGUCACUCCAGGUGCUGAUGCUAGCUCUGAACCCAUGAUCCUGGAGCAAUAUGUGGUGGUGUCCAACUAUGAGAAGCAGGAGAACUCUGAGAUCAGCCUCCAGGCUGGAGAAGUAGUGGAUGUCAUAGAGAAAAAUGAAAGCGGUUGGUGGUUUGUGAGCACAGCAGAGGAGCAGGGAUGGGUCCCUGCUACAUACCUGGAAUCCCAAAAUGGAACCAGAGAUGACUCUGACAUCAACACAUCUAAAUUUGGGGAAGUUUCUAAGCGACGCAAGGCUCACCUGAGACGCCUGGACCGGCGAUGGACGCUGGGCGGGAUAGUCAACAGGCAGCAGAGUCGAGAAGAGAAAUAUGUCACUAUCCAGCCGUACGCCAGCCAGGGGAAGGAUGAGAUUGGGUUCGAGAAAGGGGUCACCGUGGAGGUCAUCCAAAAGAACCUGGAAGGAUGGUGGUACAUAAGGUAUCUAGGCAAAGAAGGCUGGGCCCCAGCUUCAUAUCUGAAGAAGGCUAAAGAUGAUCUUCCGUCUAGAAAAAAGAACUUAACUGGGCCAGUGGAAAUCAUAGGAAAUAUCAUGGAGAUCAGUAACCUGCUGAACAAGAAAUCAUCCACUGACAAGGAAGCUCAAGUAGAAAAUGAGACUGCAGAAACCCAUAUCACCAAGAAGGAAAUCAGUUUGCCCAUCCUGUGCAAUGACUCUAAUGGCAAUGCCAUGAUGACCUCAGACAAGCAGGUUUCCAGACUGGCCCAGGGAUCCCCAGCCAUAGCAAGGAUAGCACCACAAAGAGCUCAAAUAAGUUCUCCAAAUCUAAGAACGAGGCCGCCCCCACGAAGAGAAUCCAGUCUGGGUUUUCAGUUACCCAAACCACCAGAGCCACCCUCUGUGGAAGUGGAAUAUUACACCAUUGCAGAGUUCCAGUCGUGUAUCUCUGAUGGCAUAAGCUUUCGUGGAGGACAAAAAGCAGAGGUUAUAGAAAAGAAUUCUGGUGGCUGGUGGUAUGUGCAGAUUGGAGAGAAGGAAGGAUGGGCUCCAGCAUCUUACAUUGACAAGAGGAAGAAGCCGAAUUUAAACAGAAGAACCAGUACUUUAACCCGCCCAAAGGUUCCUCCCCCAGCACCUCCCAGUAAACCAAAAGACUCUGAAGAAGGAACAACUCCUGGAGCAGUUUCUUCAGGAGAUACCCAGGAAUCUCCCCACAAGCUGAAAUAUGAAGAACCUGAGUAUGAUGUGCCUGCCUUUGGCUUUGACUCAGAGUGUGAAGUGAGUGAAAGUCAUCAUGAAGAGGGCACUCCUGAAAAACGACUGUUUCAGCCCCUCAAACCCUCACCUGUAUCAUCACUUCAGAAAGCAAAGUUCAAAGUAGAAGAAUCUUCAGAAGAAGCUGCUCAUGAAGAAGAGACCAUCUAUGAGAAUGAGGGAUUCAGACGUUAUGUGGAAGAUGCUUUGUCCAAUAAGGAAUCUAGUGGAGAUUCCGAUUCUCAGAAAAGCUCCUCUCUGUCCUUGAUCCAAAGGAAUUCUCCAUGUUCCAGCUCUCCUAAAUCAUCACUCAUGAAGCUCAAGACAGACAAAAACAUCCAGCCCGAUCUUGGAAAAUGUCACUAUUCCAGGAGUGAGGAGACAAAACCAAGGUCAGCUUCAGACGUUGGCUUACGUAGCAUGUCAAGAACGGGCAUGAAGAAGGAGCCUGAGCAGAGUCCUUCCAUUAGAGCAAAGCCAAUUGUUAGGCCCAAACCCUUUUUGAACAAGGCAGACUCUCAGAGCCAAGAAAAGAUGGAUAUUAGCACUUUAAGGCGUCAGUUGAGGCCAACCGGGCAGCUCAGAGGUGGACUUAAAGGUUCAAGAAGUGAAGAGUCUGCAAGCCCCCCACGCACAGCUUCUGAGAACCAAGAUGACCCUGUUAGGAGAGGCUCAGCUGAUCUCAUCACAGCUCCUUCCCGUGGCAUUUUCUGCUCCAGCCAUACAGCCAAAACUGAGCAAGAAAAUGAUUCCAGAUGUUUCUAUGUGACCACUGACUCAUACCAAAAGGUACAGGAUUCUGAAAUUUGCUUCCCAGCCGGAGUAGAAGUGGAAGUGCUGGAAAAGCAAGCCAGUGGAUGGUGGUACCUGAAGUACGGAGACAUGGAAGGCUGGGCUCCUUCCCAUUAUUUGGCUCUUCCUGAUAACCAACGAGAAACCACAUCAGCAGACACUGAUUCCUCGUUUGCCAGGAACAGGAAAAAUGAAAACAAAUCAAACAGUUUAGAGAAGAUAGAGAAGAGGGUUCAGGCUUUGAACACCAUCAACCAGAGCAAACGUGCAACACCACCCAUCCCAAGCAAACCUCCUGGUGGCUUUUCAAAAGCAUCAGGGCCAGUUAAAAUGAGGAAUGGUGUGAGGCAGCUUGCUGUCCGUCCGCAGUCAGUGUUUGUGUCUCCGCCACCAAAGGAUAACAACCUGUCAUGUUCCUUGCGCAGAAAUGAGUCUUUAACAGCUACAGACCAACUUAGGGCCGUCCGUCGAAAUUCCUCCUUCAGCAACGCAUGGUCACAGCCUGGUGACACGAAGGGAAAGCAGCCUGAGCAGCUGGGUACACAGAGCUCUGAGACCACCUCCAACCUCCCUAUGCAGAGGAAUGGGAUCCCUGUGUCCACAGUCAGGCCAAAACCCAUAGAGAAGUCCCAGUUUAUCCACAACAAUCUCAAGGACAUCUAUGUUUCCAUUGCAGACUAUGAAGGAGAUGAGGAGACUGCGGGGUUUCAGGAAGGUGUCUGCAUGGAGGUCCUCGAAAGGAACCCAAAUGGCUGGUGGUACUGCCAGAUCAUGAAUGGUGUGAAGCCAUUCAAAGGCUGGGUGCCCUCAAAUUAUUUGGAAAAAAAGAACUAAUAUUGCAAUAUCUUUAACCUCCCUAAUUUAUACUGUUCCUGCUGUGUACAUGUGGAAAAAACAAUUGCUACACAAAAAGACGUUUCCCUGUGCUCCAGUUUGUACAAAGGAGUCUAUACUGAGGACAAAUCUGCCAUGUUCUGGAGAGGUUUGUGGGGUUUACAUGUUGUAAGCAACUAUGAGGAAGAUGCAGCAUAGUCAAAUGCCUUUUUGUGAAGUUGUUAAUAAUCUUGUAUGUGUAACAGGGUAUGACAUCCCGUCCUUCCCAUUAUUGAUAGGAAACCAAAUGUGUGCCUUUUGUGAGAGAGAAAUACACAUGUAUCUACUUGGGGAGUUCUGUGCCAAACUGUUUCACAAUCUUGGCUCCCUUUCUCCUCAUUCUUGUCCAUAUGUGGAAUACCCAAGAAUUUUGAAUGCUUUUCCACAGCUUACAGUGAGAAGCAAAUGAAAAUUUCUGAAACAGAGGGACUCUAAUCCUUUGGAGAUGCUCACUUUUUUUUUUUUUUAAUACUAAACAGUUGGUAGGUCCAGAGUUGGAGCCUUUUCCGUGCAGAGAUUUGGUCUCUGACUUCAGUGUUAUUACUGCUAACUCACCAGAAAAGGCAACCAAGUGAUGUGGGUUGGGGGCUUUUUGUUUCCUUUUGUUCUGUCUUGUUCUUUGAGUUGGGAUUUCAGGUGUUCUAGGGCAGUGAUGCCUACUGGUGCUUGUAAAAACAAACCUACAAACCCCAUGCUUAAGCACGUUGAUUACUUUGUAGGCUCCAUGUUUAGUUCUGUGCCUGACUCCUGCCAGGUGGUCCUGGUUGAUUCUCUUCCCAGAGUUGGGUUUCUCAAAACUUGUCAUAAUAUCAAAGUGUACAAAAGUCCCUUAGGACACUGAAGACAAACCUGUCAAAUGUGUUAAUUCCUGUUUUGCCCUCUCGUCCGAAUCCAAGGGUGCUGACUGCUGGCAGGGCCCACCAGGGUAUUAGUGAGAAAUAUCUGUAACCUUCUGCAACAUCAGUGUUUACAGUGAGUAGGGAAAAGAAAAAAAAGCCAUCAAACUCAGUCUGCACAUCCUUAAUUUGUAUAUUUUUGGGGAAUUGUUUUUGUGUUUCGUUUUUGUCUUUUCUGUGCAUUCUGGGUUUACUUUAUUUUCUCUGUGUGUGUGUGUAUGUGUGUGUGUGUCUGGUUUUACCAGAAGAGACUUAAAACUGAAGUAGGAGCCAAAUAUGUGUUUCUGUUCCCACUUGAAUCUAAAAAGUACAUUUGUACUGGAAAGUGUGCCUGGGCUUCUCAGGCUCAGAGAUUUAAUAUCAAAGCAAUUAGAUCUACAAUGCAUCUAAUCAGGAAGCUGCCUCCUUUAGUUCCAGUUCUGUUUGCCUUACUUAACUCAUGCUUUGAAACGUGGCACACGGAUGUGGGAAAUGGAAGAGCUGUCCAUUGGAAAAGGCUAGGAAUAUGGAGUUAUUUUAGAGGUAGCCUCAUACUGUAAACAUAAUUGACUGAAUCCCUACUGUACUUAAGGAAGUCAUGCUUUUUCUUUUUUUGUACAGCCUUGUUAAUCACUCAAGAUCAAUAUCUAGUUCCUUUAAAUAAUAGGCAGCCUUGUAAAUCUGUUUUAAGGGGGAGGGGCAGACCAUUUCACUACUGGUUUACACAAAAAAUUACAUGCGCUCUUUUUCCACCAGAGUUUCAUAUUGAUUUGGCUCAGAAGUUAAAGGUUAUAAAGGCUUCAAAAUAACUGGGAUCAAGGGGCUGAGUAAAAUAGCACAAAAAUAUCAUGUUACUGGGUAUGUUUCACUGCCAAAAAAAAAAAAAAGAAAAAAAUUAGGCAAUUUAUAUGUUGUUCUUGUCUUUUUUUUCCUAAUUUUUCCCUUUUUUCUUCUUUUUUUUUUUUGGGGGGGGGGGUGGAGGUGUUGUUUUGGGGGGUUUAUUAAUUUCCGUGGUAUCAUUUAGAGAGUUGCCUACAGCUAAUGUGACUGAUGUCCUUUUGGUAGCUGAAGCAACAUCCAGGUGCCACAACUGGCUACAAACAGUGCUGUGGUUUGAGCAGCUCUCCGCAUGCAAGUGGGGAGGGGAGGCUGUUUGUUUGGGAUCCCUUUACAUUGUGGUGGCAGGAGAAGGAGGUGUAACUGCACAACAGCUCAUAUCACAGUGUGCAGGGUCCUCUUUGUACAUUGAUGUCUUACCAUGUGAUACAUAAGCGUAUAUCCAGUUAGCUACAUCCUACUGGAUGUGUAUCUGAGACAUUGUGGCCCUGUCUCCCAUACUUCUCCCCAUUUUUAGUUGUAGUAAUAUGGUAGCAGCCAUAAAAGACUGCUGGAGCUGUUGUGAGAUUAUAAUAGAAGUAUUAUAUUCUUCUGCUGGACAGUAUUAAAUAGAGCAAUACAUAGAGUUAUCUGCUAGAUUGCAGUACUAAUAGUAGUGACUUAGUGAUUCAUAUUAAUGUUAUGAUUUAUUUUAACAAUAAUGAUGCGGAAGUGGUUCAUUAUUUUGAAUUAAUGCACUUUAACAAUAAAAGAUACCAAAAUGGAAGCCAAUGCAGAGAACUAAGUGCAUUAUUUAAAGGUGCAGUAUAUAAUUAUCAUUUUCUUGAAGUACAUAUUUAUUAAGAAUUAACUUAUUUUUUAAAAUAUUCUAAAGUUUUGUUUAAAGACAUUCCCACUAGGUCAUCUCUUUGGGGGGAUAUAAAGCACAGCUCCCAGAUCUUCUGCAUUGAGCCACUGAAUUCUCUGAGUACAGUGUGGCCCCUACCCAGGGAGAGGAGAGCAGCAUGCAGGCAGGAGAGCCUGGGCUACCGUAAAUAUUGGCAUUUGCAUCCAGUAAAACCGAGCCCAGGGCACCUCUGAACUGCAGGAGUCCUUGCAGUGUUUGGGGAGUCAAAGCUGGUUUGGGCAGACAGUUCCAGUGCCUGGCUGCUGUGUGCCUUGCAUGAGGCUGGUCCCCAGUGGAUGUGAGUUCACUGUGAGGCUCAGGUUCAAGGGCUUCGGGAUCUGCCUGUGACAGCUCUGUCACAGAUGCCAGUCUAUCCCACGGCUCCCCUUCCACCCUGCUGACUCGCUUCUCCAGCUCUGGCUUUUGCAGGGAGAUGGUUUUCAGAGCUCCAAGCAGUGUAGGGUGACACAGAAUAAGGGUGCCUGCAGUACUGCCAGGGUUCUUUCAAACACCAGCUCAGUGCCCUAUGGCUCAACUGCUCCUUUAUCCCAUCUCAAAGGUUUCGUGGCCCUCUGAGGAGGGGCCAGAACCUUUAGAAGGGCUGCAAAGCCACAGUCAUGGCCUCCCUCUCCCUCUGUCCUCACCUGUACCAGCAAAAAGGAUGGAGUGCAAAUAACCUACUUGAUGCUAGAAAUGAAUGUGGGCCACCUAGCAUGCUGGCUUCCAGCCUGGUGGAAAGCUUCAGUUUGGGCUUCCCUUUACGUGGUGGCUCUUUGGCUGCUUGUGUUUAAAAGGGCACUUUGAAAGCAAAUACCCCCAAGUGCAGUUUUUCCCCCUCCCAUUUUACCAUUGUCAUAGCAUCUCUCAUUGAUCUCUUUUUUUGAUUCUUUCAACUGAGAGAUAUCAGGAAAAUAAUUUUUUCCAUUGGUGAGCAGCUAAUUUUGGUCAGUUCUACUUAUACCUGAAAUACUGAAAUACCCUUCACACUGUUAGCUGUGAAACAGAGGGAAAGGCCUUAAGCUACAUUAGCAAGGCUGACUGCAGGGCAGGAAAAUGUGGCAGGGUGCUCAGAGGACAGUGUAGUGCUAGAAGUGUUUUAGUUCUUUUCUAAAAAUGUUGAUGUCGCCUUCUAUUUACGAAAUUUGUCAGAACUGACACUGGAUCAAGAGCAAUAUUUAAAUGUAAUGUACACCUCAGUGAACACUCAAUGCAGAAAUCAAUAGUACUGUUUAAAUUUCUCUUUCUGAUUUAUUCCUCAACCAGAUUGUUAAGAGGAAGAGCUCUGCAGGGCUUGAGCAAAGCCAUUUGCAGGUGAAGGGGGCCCUCCUCUGGGUGGAGAGGUGGCUGCUCUCGCACUCUUGCUCUCAGCCGCUCUCCAUGCUUUCCAAAGAGUCUUAAAUUUGGACCAGCAGAAAUUCCAAAUUCCAAUGCUAAAGAACAAAAUUAAAGAAUGUGAAAAUUGUAUCUUGCUGUAUACUGCAACUUUAAUAAUAAUGAGCACUUCUGAGUUCGUUAUUGAGGUUUAUAUAAUGCCUGAAAAGUUUAAUUGCUGGUUUCCCUUGUCUUCCCUUUCAAAACACUUUCUUGUAACAGCAAGAGUCAUGUAUUUUUGUUAGGAGUCCUUCCCCAUGGGAGGCAAUUCCUAUUCAUUGUUUUAGCUGUCACACUGUGCAAUGGGUGAGUGUAGUCAUAUGUACCAGUCCUUUGCAAGCCAAACUUUUCAAGAUAAAAGGAUGAUGGGCACGUGUCGGGAUAUUUAACUGAUGCGUCAACAGGAAGUUUUUAAAUCAAUGUAUACAAUAAUAGUAAAUACACAAUAUUGAGAGAUUGAAAUUGCCUUCCAGCUAGACUCUUCAAAAUGGAAUUUCACAUCUGCAUGGGUAUAGCUAAAAAAUGGAUUUGGCCCUUGUGGAUAUGCACCCCAAAGACUCCUUCCAGUAUGAUUCUAUAAAGUUUGACGAAGGCAUUAUAUAAUUGUUUUCAUCACUUUCAGAUCUUAAUGAAUCAUAUUUUAUUGUAAUAUAUAUUCAUUGCUUUCCUCAGUUAAAAAGAAAGUUACUGCUUUUAUCUUAUAUGAAAAACAAGGGAAUUUGAUAAAGCAUUCAUUAUUUUCAUAUUACUAGUAUUAACAGAAUAGAACUAGUACUAUUUAAUUUUAGAUCUUCAUAGCUAGCUUGUUAAUAACUCAUAUUUUCCUGUGUUGUAUCCUACUAUUUUUUCUAUUUUUUUCCCAAAUACUCUUCAUUCUUGAGUAAAAGCAAAUCCAAUGAGUGGAAAAGUGCAAUAUUCAUAGAAUAAACAGGCCCCUCAUCCAGGACUUGGAGUGGAACGUGCAGUGUGAAAUGUUUGUAAUUCUCUAUUCAUGCACUCUUAGGGGAAGGGGGCUGCUGGAUGAAAACAGGGCCUUUAGGUAGGUAGAGACUGACAGCUGGGAUGGUUUGGCUUGGGAAUGGCUGCUUUUCACAAUAAAGUAUCACCUGUUCAUGAAAGUGUAAGGGUUAUGCAGCAUGUUGCCAGGAUUAUGGAUAGAAUGUGCAUUAACAUCCUUGUCAAUACAGGACUUCUGAGCUAUGCUUGAAACACUCUUUAUGUCAUCCAUGCAUGAUACUGUCUUCUGGUAUGUCUCUGCUGGUUGCGUCCUCUGUUGUGCUUCAGAAUUGAUGAUAACUUCAAAAGGGAAAAUAAUUCUGCUGGUGCAGUCCCGAAUUUUGAUACUGUAUUGUGACUUGUAUUUAUUGCAAGAGCUAUGGAAAUAUUUUUACAGGUUCUUAUUUCUUUUCUUUCCUUAUUGUUAACUUAAGAAAAGUCCCCAUUUUAUCUGGGUUAAUUCUCACCUGCAGAAUUUCACAGAUGAUUUGGAUAUUGAUUUCAUAUUACUUGGCUUGCAAAGGUGGAUCUUUUAGGUCCUAAAUAAAGUUGGGCAGAAACUUCACUCUUCAAAAGAGGUUUUGUCUUAAAUUCUGUUUGAAUGGAAGGAGACCUUCCAUCUGUCAAAAAUAAUGUGACUUUCCAGGUAGCAGCAAAAUCUACUACCUUUGAAAAACUGGACUGUUUCUGUAAAGUGCAAGAGAAAUGUGAAAGCCAGAGCACUUGAUUCUCUGAGCUUUGGGAAGUACAUCUCCUGUGGCUCUAGUUCAUGUCUCUGGAGAGGGAGUGUACCUCAAUUUUCUGCUUAGUUUUUGUCCUGCUGUUCUCAAGUUUGUCAAAAAAACCUUAAUAUUGCCAGAGAUGUUUGCAUUCAAACAGGAAAAUGGAAUUCUGCAGCUGUACUGAAAUAGUAUCAAUCACACGAUUUUGGAAAACCUCUAUUACUUUACAAAGUAGUAAUCUGGUUUUGAGGAGCCAACUUAAUUCUUUCACAUGCUCUUGUCUAAAUUGGCAAGAAGCCCAUGAGCAUCAGUAGAGUUACACUGACAGAAGACCCUUGUGGGUGCUCAGCAUGGACCGUUCUCAGCAAAAGCAAGCUCUGCGCACUCUGUUCCUACACCUCUGAAGGGUGCACAGGACUGCUGAGCCUUGGUGCUGCCCUGCCAUGGAUCCACUGUGCUGCAGACCUUGCGGCUUUUUAAAACCAGCUGGAGCUUUGCUGCUAUUUGCUGGUGGUUUCCCAUCACCAGCGGCUCCUUCUCUGUCAACUUCAGAUGCUAUUUAGCCACACAUCAAAGUGCUGUGUACCAGUGCAGUGUUUGAUAGCUGCCAGCAGUACCAACAUGAUGGGCUGAGAGCAUAUGUUUGUCUAAGUUAUUUUAUUUCCAUUUGCUUUUAGUUGCUUGCUUGAAGCAGGGACCACCAAUGCGAUGAUGCAUGGGGAAUGUGUCUGCACACUUGAACUGUUUGAUGGCCUCUGCUAGUGCUGCCCGGUGCUUGUGUUUCUCUUUUUCUCCCUCUGUGCUGCUCAGUAGUCAUGUCUGUUGUGUGUGUCUGUAAUUUUCAAAUAAAGUACUGUAUGUAAGGCCGGAUCCAGAAGCCCCCAGUCAGCUGACUUUGGGUUGGGAUGUAGGUUGCUGUUGCUGCUUUUCUUCCUCCAUCUUAGCCUCAACUUGGAGCAAAGCACAGAUGUCCAUAAAGAGUCACCCAUAACUCUGCUUUGGGGUGUCAGUUUUGUGGGGUGUGCAUGCAUUGCCAAGAGUGGAGCGAGGAAAUCUUUUUUCUUGGGUGCCCUCACAUCAGGGACUCUGCAGCAAUUCCUGGAGCAAAAGCUGCACCGCACUGCAUGCAGGCAUGAUAGGCAUAGGCAGAACAAAUUAGUUUCUCCCAUUUUGUAUUGUCAGGGCUGGGCUGGUCCCAUCAACAAUGUUGUUCAUUUGUUCUUGCAUCAAGGUAGCAUUGAUUUUUAGUCGGAGAGUGCAAUUUUGUUUUGUGUUUGGUUUUUUUAUAAAUAAAUUUGGUUUAAAGCUUCACACUGGCGUUUUACAGACCUUUUCUUGUCAGCAUAAGCCACUACUGUCCUGAGUUGAGACUCCUGUUUGUUAUUGAAUGAAAAUUAUGGGAAUUAUGUUGAUAAUUUGGAAAGAAAUCAGAAAAGAAAUUAAAGGUAACUAUAUUGGCAGGGGAGAGAUAGAUAAAAUAUGAGGAAAAAUGUUUCCAAUAAGGCCAUAAAUUAUUUGGUCUGACACUGCAGGUGCUUUCUCUGUAUAGAUAGUUUAAAUACGUCACUGCUCUGUGUUAUGAUUUUUCAUUAUUGAGAAAAGUUGAGUUUUUUCACUCCGUAAUUUACUAUGACAAUCUUAUUCUGAAGUCACUGAUCCACCAAAGGAAGACAAACAUGGGUCACAUGCUUGUUGUAGUUGAGGCAGUUUCUGUGUCUCAGAGUUUCAUAUACCAAGGUUCAGCUGAUGGAGUGGGCAAGAGUAGCUAUUCUAGACCUGUCCAUGUUGGCUGUCUGUGAAACAACCCUGUGCUAGUGGUGCUUCUGGAAAAACAUUGGGUUUAGUGACCUUUCCCUGAUGCUCAGGGUUAUUUGGUUACAAUGGUACCUGUCUUUCAUGGUCCCUGUUAGGUGGAGGAGAAAAACACAUGGGAGGGAGAAUCACUUGGCACUGUAAAAGAAUUUUAAAAAUAUAACCUUUAAUAUUUAGAUAAAUAUUUCAGGCUUCUCUAGAUAUUCCCCAUGAGAGCUGUUAUUGACUCUGUAUUUGAUGACUGAAAGGUAAGCAACAUGGCAGCUUUCUCUGUGCAAACAGUUCUUUUGUGGUUUGAGCUUGUUCUUGAACUGCUUUGGGUCACCAGGGAAGAAGUAAUAAAUAAACAAAAUCCCAUCGUCACCCUUGGGUUAUAGACUGGGGGGAUAUCAAAUUCUGUUCUGACUCUGGGUCCCCCAGAGCAUGCAGAUUCAUUUUGUUUCUGUCCCCUAGAAGUAGGACAGAAGAGAAUAGUGCAGUCACUGGAGCUUAGCCUGGAGCAAUUAGUAAACUGCAACAAAAAGAAAAAAAAAAAAAGAGAAAAUAAGAAUAAACCUUUUUAAAAAUGAAGUAUUUUAAUGAAUAGCUGACUUAACUAUUUCCUGUCUUGAAUUUUCAGGGAGGAGGGGAAGUUAUAAUUGUUUCCAGUCUCUAGGAGGAAUUUUUCUGCGUCAUGAUGAAUAGGCUUGCUGAAAAGACUUGCUCAUUACUCGUGAUGAGUUCAAACCUGGAAUAUUGCAAAAGCAAAGUGUGUGUAGCAUUACAAUGACUUUUUUGUACCGAGGGUCCGAAGUAAGUAUUGUGGGGUCAAUAGUGUACAGAGUAAGUGCAUUUCUGCUGUCUGACUAACUUGCACAUGACAUCAGUGCUGAUCUGUUAUUGCAGAUUUAAUUGCAGACACUCGUUACUCUGCUUGCAAUGUUUGGGGAGAAUCAUGCAGAUGAGCUUCCUCAGUUAAGACUCAAUAUCAAAUUUCAUGUCAGGAGAAGUCCUGCCAGCAGUUUGAUUGAUUGCUGCUUAGGCUAAAGGUGAGAUGCAGAUAACUCAAGGUGAGUGUUGAAAGCAGGUCAGCUGGCUGUGUACAUCUGUAGCUGUUUCCAGAGCUGUUAAGUAGCCCAGAUUAUUUCUGGAAUUUGUGAGUAGUCAGUUCUUGGGAGCCUAAACCUGUUGUUGAAUGAAGGCUGAAAUCUGUUUGAGCUGCUGUGUUCCCCUGCUUUAGCAGAGCAAUUGCACAUGUCUGGACUGGAAACUCCUACAGGGUUGGCUGCCCCAAAGUUGUUGACCAAAAAGAAAUAUGGAUCUAGGCCUGGUCUAAGUGAAGUUUUGCAGUGGGUUUCCUGGGUGGUUGAUGUUAUUGAUGUGACCUUGAAUACUAGAUGCUGUUGUCAUUUCUGUGUUGGUGUAGAGCUCCAUCUUUUAGUGGUUAGGUGGUGGGAAUGUACCUGGUGGGAGCUUGGGAUUUUGGGAGAGUAUGUCGGCGACCAGAGAUAGAGAAAUGUGUGGCUGGUCUUAGUGUGUGUGUGUAGUCAAGUUGGUGAUACUUUUUUUGUCUUUGUUUUUAAUAUGGGAACCAUUUUGUCUGUUCUGCUUGGGAGAAGGUCUAGAAGUUGAUGUGGUUUCUGUUGCAGUAAAUAUGAGAAGGAAUAGCUGAGAGCUGCUUUUUUUCUUUUUUUUGUCUUUUUAAGAGAGUUAUGGGCAGGAGACCAUUUAGUCUGUUUUGGGUUGCAAGUUAAGCCAAGAGAGGAAGAAAAUGAGUCUGGGGAAACCCUUUUUUGUGGCAACAGCUUUGGACCAUAUUUUCUUGUGGCUUUUGAUCCAGCUCCACUGAAGGUAGUGGAGUGAAUAUUGUUCAUCAUGUAGAUGUUAGAGAUUUUGGUCAUGAAUUAAUUCUUAGAGAGCUGACAGGUAUUUUGGCAUUCACAGAAUGUCCUAUAACAAAUGUGAGCUAGAGACAGAAAUAACAACUGUAGUGUCAUGCAUUGUCCAGUUCUUGUUUAGUGAACUCAAGAUGGUGACCACUUGGAUAAAACUGUUUGUACAAUGAACAGCUCCUGCAAGAGUCCAGAUGUACUUGGGUCUCUGAGAGGCUUUCCUAGGAAAGGAAAUCAUGUGCAUGAUAAAAGGAUUUUGCCUUUCUCAGUCAUCCCAGUAAAACUGAAAUCCAGGAAAAUUACACUUUUUUACACUUAACAGUAUCUUUUGCCAUUGAUGGCAAGAGUUAUUGUUAAUGAGGGAUUAGAUGCCCCAAUCUGUCCGAACUGGCACAAGACAGAAGAUCUUUUUUAAAACCAGUCCCUGAGUCUGUGUGUAAAUGGUAGAUCUGAUGCAAAUUAGAGUACUAGUUAACAAAAUGAGCAACUUUUCUAUGGGCCAACACAAAAGAUGUAUUAUCAGUGGGGAAAACAUAGCUCUCCUUUUUGCUAAAUAACCAUGUAGAAAUGUCCCUCAGGCUUUAGCUCUAAUCAGCUGUGAACCUGUGAGAAUUUAGCUGAUACAUAUGGUAUUGGGGGCCUGGUUCUGUGACUGCAACAAUAGUAAUGUGUCUUUGUCCCAGCAAGAAUUAAUGAAAUCAUCAUAACACAAUGUUUUUGUUUGCUCUGGAUAUAUGACAGCAGUGGGGGGGGAACGUUGUGCAAAGCAUUAUCUCCCCCUUAAUGCAGAUUUGCAGACUUUACUUGACUGUAGUGCCCAGUCCAGAACUGGUUUCAGAACUGUCCUCAUGGUUACAUUGUAGGAUCAGCAUGUGUCUCCUCAUGCCAAAGGCAUGGGUGGCUGGGUCAGGAUGUCGGUGCCCUGUGAGGGACAGGGACUGCACACAGAGGGAGCUGCCCUCCUCUCUGAGCCAUGCCCAAGUGCUGCUCGGAGAACUGCAAAACAAUGUAAAGCAAUUGAGGUUUGGGAUUUUUCCCUAGAGCAGCAUGUUCUGAAGCAGUGAAGUGAAAACAAAUGUUUGUUUAGGGAAUUUUAAUCGUGUCUGUAAAGGUAAAAACUCUGUAUGGGUCUCUCAGCAGGGAAUGAGAAACACCAAUUGUCCUGGGAAAUUGUGCAUGUGAAAGUGCAGAGCAAAAACUUCAGAUUACUGUGCCUAAAAGUACAUCUCAGCAUUUCUCUUUAGGCAUUUAUUAGAACUGGUGUUAUCUUGGAAUUGAGCAGCAUUUAAUAAUGGUUAAUUAAGACUGCUCAAAGACUCCUGCAGGAAAGGAAAAGACAAUUUUGAGUUCUGGACAUCUGUAGAAGAGGGAGUUGCAAUAAAAAUAAAAUACUACCAGGUGCUUUAUGAACCUAAUUUCUCUCCUAGGAUUGUCUCAGGUCCUUGUGACUGUAUCUGGGCCUCCACUAGUGCUGUGGCACAGCAAUUGAUCAGUGACACCUCUCUGCAAAAACUGCUCAUAACCAUUCAUCUGUGAUAGGCAUGUGCGUCUUGGAAAAGAUGAGCCUAAAAAGGCCUUGGAGUAAAAUGACACUUGAUAAAAGAACUCCUGAUUUGCAUGUCCCAGGUAUGCUGAAAUAACUCUCACUGAAGCAAUUUCAGCUACUUCCAGGCAUCUGCCAUCAUACACCCCGGCAGCACACAGGUGCUGCAUUCUGCUAGGUGGUGGAUGGUGGCAAAUGUUAGUGGAAAGGGAAAUUCAGGAUGCACGCUGUCACUGCCCUUCCUGUUUGUCAUCCAUGUGUGAAGUCAGAGCUUUGCUGGGCCAAAGCAGGAUCAGACCCUUGGCACAGUGUUUACCAUGUCCCACAGGGCUCUGCCAAGUGUUCUGAGAUGUUUGCUGAUGCUGUGUGCUCCUGCCCAGCCAGGACGCUCCCCUCUCCAUGUGUGCAGGACCCUGGAGGAUUGUGAGGGACUGCCAGAGUUUGAGGGCUGUUUUCUCAGAGUUAUUACAAGUUCUUGCAAUGUGAACCUCUAAUAUUUUCAAAGACUCAGGCAGAGAAAGGACUUACUAAACAAACUGUACCUGUCAUCUCCCAGUUCAUUGAUUGCUUGGACCAAAGGUGGUGCUAAAUCUAAUCUUUGUCUGUAAUAUUUAUAUUUUGUUAGAUUUUUUUUUAAGUGUUUGAUAAAACACAUGCAGUGUCCUUCUUACAUGAGAAAUUUAGUCCCAGCUUGGGACAUGGCAAAACUCACUGGACCUUCAGGGUCCAGGAGUGUUGCCUGUUAACAUUUGAGCAGGCUUGCAGUGUUCAGGGGGAGGUGGGAAAAGGGUACUCUAUCUUCAAAUGCUUGCAGACUGUAAGAAUUGACUUGUGAUUUGUUCGUUUGUUGUUAUUUUGUUUACAUUGCCUCUUACACCCUAAGGAAAAAUAAAUUUUUGACCUUUUUAAUUGUGAUCCA